AUGAAGAGAACGCAAGCGCUGGAACGCCUGGAGGAGCUGACUAAUGAGUUAAAUAAUCUCGUUCAGUCAAAAGUCAAUAUCCACAAGGAGAUCAAGACCAAGGCGACUAGUGUAACUAACGCCCUUCGAAGGUUCAAAAAACUGGAUGAAGAAUGGCGAUUAGCAUCGCGACGCACUCCUCGUGCUACACCGGGGCAAACCAACCAAGUUGUAGUUGUGACUGACGAAGCAAUGGAUACCGGAGCCGAAGGUGACGGUGAAUCGGUCAUCGAAGACAAACGAGAAACUGUCACGAAGACUGGAAAAAGGAAAGAUCGAUCCUCUCCAGACCCAACGUGCAGCCAAGUCACCAAGAAGAAGGACCUGAGACAAAGCCCUCCACAAAGAGCGACAAUGCAAAGGGACGAACGGACAAAAGCGAUUGCUUGGCAGAAAGUCCAGUCCAAGAAAGAACAAAGAAGGCAAAGGAAAGAACAGCUCCCAAAGCAAUUUCCCGAGGAGCCCCGUCCUGAACCUAAACGGAAGAAAUCGCGAAAGUGGAUCAGGCCAGACGCACUGAUCAUCCGCCCAGCUGAGCCGGCGAAGUACGCUGAGAUUUUGCGUAAAAUAAAAAAUGAUGUCCCUGACGAGCAGGUCCGUACUACGGUGGAUAAGAUCCAUAAAACUAGGGCCGGAAACAUGCUGAUUACGCUCUCUAGGAAGAGCUCCGAUAAAGGCCAAGCUUUACAGAAAACCAUCGAGGGCAUCCUACAAGAAGAGGCCAAAUGCAAAAGUAGCGUAGACCGAUCUAAGCUUUACAUCAGGUGCGGACAAGAGGGGCACAAGAUCGCUGGUUGUAAGAAUCCAGCCAAAUGUGCAUUAUGCGCUGAAAACCAAAGCGCAGAGAACUCUGCCCACUACGCCGGCAACCACAAAUGCCCGGUAUUCCAAGAGGCGCUUCAGAGGUUAAUAAACAAAAGAACAUGA